AAAAGAAUUGUCUAAAUAUCCAGGUGUUUGAUCAUUGGUCAGAUGAUACGCAUCAGGAUGCGUGGUUCACUGCCUCCUCUAUACAUCUUGAAAAUCUUGAACCAAAACCUAAAUGGAUAUCAAUUUUGUCUGAUAAUGGAAUGCAUUAUCAUUGUACAGAAUUGAUGCUUAUUAUAGGUCACUUGAAAGAAUGGUAUGAUGUUAUUCCACGACGAUGGCUCUUUUUGGAGGCAGUGGAGGCCAAAACGGCAAUUGAUUCCCAUCACGCCCAAAUUGCACAAGCAAUAAAACGGUAUAUUAAACUGGGAUUUGAGGUGGAGAAUGGAGAAGAUAUUGAGAAUGCUAUUCGGGAUAUUGCAGGCACACAUGUGGCAAAUUUGAAUCCAGAUCGAAAUACAGAUAAAGAAAAAUUAGGCACCAUAACGGGAAUUUCAAAUUUUCAAGAGUGGACUUGGCCCCAAGAGGACGAAAAAAAUGGAUAUAUUUAUAUGCUCGAAUAUUCACCUGAUAAAAUAGAGAAAGUUAUGAAAAAACGAAAAUUUCAAAGGCCAGAUCCAAGUUAUACUCAACAUACAGAACCAAGUAAACUAUGGACUAUGCCAAUUGUAGAUAAACCCGGUAAAAUGAUAUUAUUUUUGGUUGUAAAAUACUAACCUUAUCUACUAAUUUGCACCAUUCUUUAGUAUGUAUAAAUAUCCCAUAUAAUAGUGAUAUAAUUGCCUAUUCUGUCCUAAUAUCAAUAAUAUUGUCAGGAUACAACGAUAGUUGAUAUGAAUAACCAAGGAGGCGUUAAUCAUGAACCUGUUCAAUAUAGCUCACAAAGUCAUAGGUUUUUUUUCUCGGGUUGGGCUUUAAAAGAAAAUGAGAAAACUAAGUCGCGUGAGCCAGCAAAAAGAAUGACCGCAGAAGUCAAACGAUUAUUAGAAAUAAUGUUUCAUACAGGAACGGCAAAUCCGCGCCAAAAAAUGAAUGCACAACAAAUGCAUGAGGAAUUAUUGCAGCGAGUACAUCAAGGUGAAUUAUGUGAAGAAGACGUGCC